AUGGCGGGAGAGGUGGUGACCAGGCGCAUCGGGGACGAAACGGAGAAGCCGGAAAGCGCAGCGUUGCCGCUGGUAGCGCUGAAUCACUCGGUGCGGCGCCGGCUGGCGCUCUUCCUCAACCCGCGCGCCCCGGUGGCGGCCGACUGGGCGACGCUGGCGGAGGAGCUGGGCUAUGAAUACCUGGAGAUCAAGCACUUCGAGGCCCAGCCGAACCCCACCGGCCGCCUGCUGGACGACUGGCAGGCGCGGAGCCCCGGUGGGGCAACGGUGGGCCGCCUCCUGGAUCUGCUGCGCCUACUGAGGCGCCAAGACAUACUCACCGACCUGGGACCCAGCAUCGAGGAGGACUGUAAGAAAUAUCUGCAGAAGAAGCAACAGGAAGAAUCGGAGCGACCGGUUCAAGUCCCAGCAGUGGACAGUAGCUUUCCGAGGGCAACUGAAAUGCAGGGCAUCACCACUCAGGAUGACCCCCUUGGGCAUACCCCUGAGCUGUUCGAUGCCUUCAUCUGUUACUGCCAGAACGACAUUCCUUUUGUGCAGGAGAUGAUCCAAGAACUGGAGCAGGCAGAGCAUAAGCUGAAGCUGUGUGUCUUUGAUCGAGAUGUCCUGCCAGGCACCUGCGUGUGGUCCAUCACCAGCGAGUUGAUUGAGAGGAGGUGUCGGAGGAUGGUGGUGGUCAUCUCGGACGAUUACCUUCAGAGUGAGGAAUGUGACUUCCAGACCAAGUUCGCUCUCAGUCUUUCCCCAGGUGCCCGUCUCAAACGUCUGAUCCCGGUUAAAUGCAAAAACAUGAAGAACGAGUUCCCGAGCAUCUUAAGAUUCAUCACUGUCUGUGACUACACAAACCCAGCCACCAAGAAAUGGUUCUGGAUGCGAUUAGCCAAAUCUUUAUUGCUUCCGUAA